AACCAAUAAGCACGAGUUAAGACCCCUUUUCAAUUUCUCAUGCAGUUUUCACUUCCAAAUUAUUGUCUCGGAGAAGCCCUUGAAAGCUGAAAUCCCUAGAAUUCAAGUUUUGGGCUUCUCACACAUUAUACGCACACAUAUCCGCAUUUGUAUACGCCAAUUCUCUAGGGUUUUUUUUCUCCCGGUUUUGGAGCUCAGUCUAGAACAUGGAGGCUGCGGUAGUCGACAUUGGCUCGAAGCUGCUCAAAGCUGGACCUGCAAUCCCAGAUCAAACUCCCUCCAUGAUAAUACCUACCCAAGUGAAACGUGUGCUGGAAGAUGGAUCCGCUGCUGAUAGUUCAUUAUUAGAGGAUGUUAUCAUUGAUCCAGUUGUGAGGGGUGUUAUUAGAGACUGGGAUGCCAUGGAAGAUCUGUUACACCAUGUCCUGUACACAGGCCUUGGUUGGGAAGUGGGCAAUGAAGGACAAAUACUGUUUACUGAUCCACUCUGUACCCCCAAGGCUACUAGAGAACAACUGGUGCAGUUAAUGUUUGAGACAUUUAAUAUUUCUGGGUUUUAUGCAUCGGAGCAAGCUGUUUUGUCUCUUUAUGCAGUUGGACGUAUCUCAGGAUGCACUGUUGAUAUUGGUCACGGGAAGAUAGAUAUUGCACCAGUAAUAGAAGGUGCGGUUCACCACAUCGCCUCUAGAAGAUUUGAAAUUGGUGGUACUGAUUUGACAAAGUUACUUGCACAAGAACUAGGAAAAUCAAAUCCCAUGAUAAAUCUCAAUAUUGCUGAUGUUGAGAAAUUAAAAGAGCAAUACGCUUGUUGUGCUGAAGACGAAGUUGCUUAUGAGAAGACUCAGCAGUCAAGUGAGCGAGAGCAGCAUACUCUUCCUGAUGGACAGGUGAUAACAAUUGGAAGAGAAAAAUACACCGUCGGAGAGGCUUUAUUCCAACCAUCUAUAUUGGGUUUGGAUGCCCAUGGAAUUGUUGAGCAGCUUGUUCAUAGUAUUUCAUCAGUUUCAUCCGAGAACCACCGGCAGCUGCUUGAAAAUACAGUGCUUUGUGGUGUCACGACUUCAAUGGCUGGUUUUGAAGACAGGUUUCAGAAAGAAUCUAGCCUGUGCUCAUCGGCCAUUCGUCCUGCGCUUGUAAAGCCUCCAGAAUAUAUGCCAGAGAAUCUGACAAUGUAUUCAGCAUGGGUCGGAGGUGCAAUACUCGCCAAGGUUGUGUUCCCACAAAAUCAGCACGUGACCAAGGCGGACUAUGAUGAAACUGGGCCAUCUGUGGUUCACCGGAAAUGCUUCUGACUGUUCCAAUUUCAGCGAGUUGAUGAAUGUAUGCUCUCGUCCUCUCCUGUUGUAUUUUAUUUAAUCGAUGCUAACGGUGGUUAGAUAAAACCUUCAGAUGACAGUGUUAAUGUAAGAUGAAAUUUGCCAACGUUCUUCCCCUGUGCUGUAUCACUUCACAUUGAAGGGGCUUCUUGGUAUGCCAUAGCGAGUACUUCCUCCGACUUGUUGAUGCUAAUACCAACAAGAAGGGAGCUUAAAAACUCACUCCGGGGUAGCUGACGGCUUACCCCAGAAUGAUUUCUGAAUAAAGUUUCUUCUUUCCAUG